AUGCGCGGCGCGGUGUACGACGGCGCGCUGGACGUCAUCGUGCGAGUGAACGACGCGCGAUGCGCGCCGGUGAUGCGACUGUACGACCGUGGAUUCACGCGCGGGCACGCCGUGUUCGACGCGUGCACGGUGCACGAGGGACGGUGCCAUCUGUUGGCGGCGCACCUGAGAAGAUUCGCGCGAAGCGCGCGGGAGGCGGGCGUCGGCGAGAUGAACGACGAGGCGCUGGCGACGAUGGAGGCGCUGGUGCUGGAAGUCGUGGCGCGGGGCGGCGUGACGCACGGGCAAGUUCGGAUGUACGCGACGAGCGGGUGCGAGUCGGAGAAUUUUUCGCUGUGCGGCGCGACGGAUUCGCCGCCGACGUAUUACGUCGUGGCGUACGAGAAGGAUCCAGACGCUUGGAUGGUUGUGCGCGGGUUAACGGCGUCGUCGUCGCCGGUGCCGAUCAAACCGCCUCGUUACGCGACGUUGAAGUCGACGAAUUACUUGCCCAACGUAAACGUAGCUCAGAUUGCGCGAGGGAACGGGGUCGAUGUCGGCGUAUUUUUGACGCAAGACGGAAUGAUUGGCGAAGGACCUGGCGCGAACGUAGCGUUCCUGACUCCAGACGGCACGUUACGAACGCCACCAGCGACGAAUGUUCUCGGAGGAAUCACCAUACAAAGACUGCGAGAGUUGAUCGAAACCGAAAGCAAUCGCAAAGCGCUCCGAAAGGUGGGAAUAAAACGCUUCGACGAUUCACAGCCGUUAUCCCCGUUCGUCGUGCUGGGCGCUGAGGAAGCCAUGCUCGUCGGCAGUGCGGUGGGUGUGCAGGGAAUCAUUUCGUGGGAUGGACGGCAGGUAGGCGAUGGGCGCGUGGGGCCGGCGACGAGUUUCCUCGCCGAAUUACUGCUCGAUGACAUGAGGUCUAUAUAG